GCAGCUGCAGUAUCCUCUUUGCAUUCUUAGUUAUAUUAUUUACGUUGACGUUUUUAGGCUUGAUUAGUUGUUAAUUUGUAAUUAAACAUCCCCGUGCAACGGCGGUUGAGCGGUGAAUUUUUCACAUAAAAAACAUAAAUUCCGCGAUUAGAUAAUUAGACAAUAAUUUAAAAAGGAUGCCAGGCGAUCGAGCAGUUACAAACGCUCCCAAUCGUUACAAACAUUUUAUAUUCUGGUUGCUUUAAAUAAUAAAUUUAUAACAAUCUCUUAAUCAGUACCGAAACCGAUUGUCGACAUGGUCCAAGUUGUCUCAACAUCAUUCUUGUGAAACUGUAAAACGAACACAUAACUACAAAAUGGAUAUUUAUCUUCGAUCGGGACACAGGCAAAAAAAACUUGACACCACCAACAGUCAGAAACAGUUUGUAAACAAUUUAGAAGAUCAAUUCUCAUACAUUAGAACUUCACCAAGGCGGCAAAAUGGGUUUGAUCCGCAGCUGUUCAAGACAGAUGAAACUCCAGUUGCUGUACCAGUCAACGGACCUCCAACUCCGCAUCGAAUUAAUAUGACAAGAACGGAUUCUGAAGAUUCUGAAAAAACAAAUACUGAUGAUAAUACAAAUACAAGCAAGAUCUUUAUCCCAAAAUCACCCAGUACUGUGCUGAGCAAUGUACAAAAUCCUGCCAAAAAGUCAUUCAAAAAGGGUCGUAGAAAACUCAAUUCAAACACCGGUGGUCAAGGAUUACCAGGAACCACUGUGAAUGGAACAAAUCACAAAUUAACAGACUAUUUCCCAGUUCGUAGAAGUGUUCGGAAAAGUAAAAAGACUGUAUUGGAAGAACAACAGAGGGACAUGGAAAAUAAGGUCCUGUGUCAGGUGCAAGAUGGACUGAAAAUACAAGAGUUCAUUGGCAAGGGCAGAGGAAUUGUUACAACUAGAGAAUUUCGGAAAGGUGACUUUGUGGUAGAAUAUAUCGGUGAGUUAAUUGACCAAAAUGUGGCCAAAAAACGAGAAGCUGAAUAUGCGCGAGAUCAAAAUACAGGCUGCUACAUGUACUACUUCAAGCACCGUAACCAACAGUAUUGUGUGGAUGCAACAGCAGAAUCAGAUAAAUUCGGUAGAUUAGUAAAUCAUUCACGCAACGGUAACCUGAUUGCACGUGUGGUGGAAGUUGGAUCUGUACCACAUUUAGUCCUUGCUGCUAAAGAUGACGUACCACGUGGUGUUGAAGUGACUUAUGACUAUGGAGACCGCAGUCGAGAAUCUAUCCGCAAUCAUCCAUGGCUGGCAUUGUAACGAGAAGUAGGAUCAUUCUUACAUCUCUGGUAAUUAGUCAUAAUUAGAUAAAACAAUUUUUAACCUGUGAACAUAUUUGCAGUCCCUCGAAUUGCUAGUUUCAAUGAUGCGAUUGCCCCUAAAUUAUGCAAAAAUGUUUACAGAGAUAGAGAUGACGAUAAAUCUGACACUGUUUUUGUACUACUAAUACCUCGGUAAUUGCGUAUUUCAUCAAUGAAUUAAAAAUUUGUUCAACUCUGUAAAAUUUUUGGGAAUUUAUGAGUUCAAUAUAAUGGUAAACAUCAUGGAUUAUCACACUGUUGACUGUAUACUGGGGACCUCCUGCAUAUGGUGGAAAAGUUUCUUCCCAGAGCCAACAAUACCUAUUUUUUUUUUCAAAUAUGCAGCACCCGCUUUUGAGUGAUUUUCGAACGCGAAAUUCUUGAAUAUGAAACGGUAUCUGUCAAAUACUUGGUAAAAAAAAUUACUUUUGCGGUAAAAAUGUUUGAUGUGAAAUAACAUUUGACAUCCAACGCGCUCCAAAAUUACGAAAUUACUAGUGCAUAUAACAGCGGUGAUCUUAACUUUUCUGCCUCCCGAAUAUCAUAAAAAAAAAACGUUCUCU